CCAUCGGCGCCGCCCCCAUCGGCGCCCCCGACUCCCCCGCCUCGGCCGGGGGCUCGUGUCAUGCCAGAGGCGAGCCCGCCAUCCUCCUCUCGUCCUUUCCCCACCCUCGCCUUUCGGGAAAUGCCCGCCACGUCGGGAUGAAGGAAAUGACACUUUAAGGAACUGCAGAGAACACACACGUUUGGGGUUGCUGCUUUCUUUUUUUCUUCUUCUUUUCCGAAGAAGGGAAGCCGAUUUCCUCUUCCCCCGCUCCUUUUUUUUUCCCCCCCCCCGCUCUUCCGAAUCCGGGAGCUGUUCUGAGGUGGGUUUAUAAACGAGGCUGAGGGUGAAGACGUGAAGUCAAGACCCGAGAGAAAGAAAGAAAAAAAGGACGAUUAGGAACAUUCGCAGAGAAAAAAUCAAAAGGGGGGCGGGGGGGGGGAGAAAAAAAAAAGGCGCAGAAAGUGACUUACCCAGGAAAUCCUACAAAUCCAACUCUGGAAGAAGCCCCCUUCCUAAAAAUGGAUACGCUUCCUCUUGUCUGGGGUUUUUUAGCUCUGUGCUUAUCAGGAUCCGAAGUGAUAGGACAAGCAGCUCCGCCCUGUGGAGGACGGUUGAAUUCCAAAGAUGCUGGUUAUAUCACCUCCCCUGGCUACCCUCAGGACUACCCCUCCCACCAGAACUGCGAGUGGGUCAUCUAUGCCCCGGAACCCAACCAGAAGAUUGUCCUCAACUUCAACCCUCACUUUGAAAUCGAAAAGCACGACUGCAAGUAUGACUUCAUAGAGAUCCGGGACGGGGACAGCGAGUCUGCUGACCUGCUGGGGAAGCACUGUGGCAACAUAGCUCCUCCCACCAUCAUCUCCUCUGGCUCAUUGCUGUACAUCAAGUUCACCUCUGACUACGCCCGGCAAGGGGCUGGCUUCUCUCUACGCUAUGAAAUCUUCAAGACAGGCUCUGAAGAUUGUUCUAGGAACUUCACCAGCCCCAAUGGCACCAUCGAAUCCCCUGGGUUCCCAGAUAAAUACCCCCACAACUUGGACUGCACUUUCACCAUCUUGGCCAAACCCAAGAUGGAGAUCAUCCUUCAGUUUCUGACCUUUGACCUCGAGCAUGAUCCCUUGCAGGUUGGAGAGGGAGACUGCAAAUAUGACUGGCUGGAUAUCUGGGAUGGCAUUCCUCAUGUUGGCCCUCUGAUCGGCAAGUACUGUGGCACUAAAACCCCUUCGGAGAUCCGCUCGUCUACAGGGAUCCUCUCGCUCACCUUUCACACGGACAUGGCAGUGGCCAAGGAUGGAUUCUCUGCACGUUACUACCUGGUGCAUCAGGAUCCCCCAGAAAACUUCCAGUGCAAUGUUCCUUUGGGAAUGGAAUCUGGCCGGAUUUCCAGUGAGCAGAUCAGCGCCUCCUCCUCCUACUCCGAUGGGAGAUGGACUCCCCAGCAGAGCCGGCUCCACAGUGAUGACAACGGCUGGACCCCAAACUUGGACUCCAACAAGGAGUUCCUCCAGGUGGACCUGCGUUUUCUGACCGUACUCACGGCCAUUGCGACCCAGGGAGCCAUUUCCCGAGAGACCCAGAAUGGCUACUAUGUCAAAUCCUACAAGCUGGAACUCAGUACGAACGGCGAAGACUGGAUGAUGUACCGACAUGGCAAAAACCACAAGAUCUUUCAAGCCAACACUGACGCGACAGAAGUGGUUCUGAACAAGAUUCCCACUCCGGUGCUGACUCGUUUCAUCCGAAUCCGUCCUCAGACCUGGCACACGGGCAUCGCCCUGAGGCUGGAGCUCUUUGGCUGUCGGAUUACAGAUUCUCCGUGUUCCAACAUGCUGGGGAUGCUCUCGGGCCUGAUCUCCGACUCACAGAUCACAGCCUCCUCCACCCGGGAGUACCUUUGGAGCCCCAGCGUGGCCCGCCUCGUGAGCAGCCGGUCCGGCUGGUUCCCCCGCAUCCCCCAGGCCCUGGCCGGGGAGGAGUGGCUGCAGGUGGACCUGGGGGUGCCCAAGACCGUCAAAGGAGUGGUCAUCCAGGGGGCUCGAGGAGGGGACAGCAUCUCGGCCGUGGAGGCCCGAGCCUUCGUGCGCAAGUUCAAAAUGGCCUACAGCUUGAAUGGCGAGGAUUGGGAGUAUAUCAAGGACCCGAGGACCCUGCAGCCCAAGCUGUUUGAAGGAAACAUGCACUACGACACCCCCGACGUCCGAAGGUUCGACCCCGUUCCCGCCCAGUAUGUCCGCGUGUAUCCGGAGAGGUGGUCCCCGGCUGGGAUUGGGAUGCGGCUGGAGGUUCUGGGCUGUGAAUGGACAGAUGUGAAGCCCACUGCAGAGACACUGAAGCCAACGGUGAAGAACGAGGAGACCACCACUCAGUUCCCCACUGAGGACGAGACCACAGAAUGUGGCGAGAGCUGCUUUGACUAUGAAGUGCACGUCCCUGCGGGAUUCAACUGCAACUUUGAUGUCAUCGACGAGGCCUGUAGUUGGAUGUAUGACCGGGAGACCUCAUUCAGGAGCCCCUGGCCCGCAAGCUCCAGCCCAAACAGUGGUUCGCUGCCUGACGGCAACCAUUAUUUGAAGCUGCAGAGCGGUGGAAGGAGAGAGAGUCAGUCCGGCCGGCUCGUCAGCCCCCCGCUCCACUUGCCCAGACUCCCCCUCUGCAUGGAAUUCCAGUACCGCGCCACAGGUGGGAGUGGAACCACCCUGCAGGUGGUGAGGGAGACGAGCCAGGAGAAUAAACUCCUGUGGAUUGUCCGGGACGACCAAGGCAGCCAGUGGAGACAAGGACGGAUCAUCCUGCCCAGUAAUGAGAUGGAGUAUCAGAUUGCAUUCGAGGGAGUCGUAGGCAAGGGCCAUUCGGGAGAGAUCGCCAUCGACGAUAUCCGGAUAGACACUGAUAUCCCCUUGGAGAAUUGCAUGGAACCCAUCGCAGCUUUUCCAGGUGAGACUUUUCCAGUAGGUAUCCCAGAAAUACCCAGAAUUGCAAAAAUGGGAGACGAAGAUGAUGAAGAUGUUGAUGUCUACGAUGGGGACUGGAACAGCACCUUCCCGACCACCGCCCCCUCCUCCCCAAAGGAGGACAAGGAGAAGAGCUGGCUCUACACGCUGGACCCCAUCCUGGUCACCAUUAUCGCCAUGAGCUCCCUGGGCGUCCUCUUGGGGGCCAUCUGUGCCGGCCUGCUACUGUACUGCACGUGCUCCUACACGGGACUGUCUUCCCGUAGCUGCACCACGCUGGAGAACUACAACUUCGAGCUCUAUGACGGCAUCAAACACAAGGUCAAAAUGAACCACCAGAAGUGCUGCUCGGAGGCGUGACUGAUUGCCCCAGGAUCACAUUCGACAUUUCAUUCCAGCAGGAGUGGCUGGUGAAGAUUACUUUUUUCGCUCUGGGAACUGAAUGCCAUAAUUUCCAACAAACCAAUCCAGAAUCGUGAAGAUUUGGGCGUGAUGGACCGGGGAGGGGGGUGGGGAGAGGGAGGAGCGACCCUGGCUUCGGCCACCCGUGAAGAAGAUUUCGAACUGCCGAGGACUGUGGUGAACGGAUGGUUGCUUGAAUGAAACCUCUCUCUCUGCUGGGACUGGAGCUCAACUGCUUUGGGAUUUUUGUUGUUGUUGUUGUUGGGUUUUUUUUCGUUUUUGUCCUUGAGAGACUUGACGGCAUAGAAGAAAAUGACCUUUUGGGUGUGAGAAGCAGAAUGUUGAUCAUUAUUCUCCACCUCCUUUCCCCCCAUCAACGGUUAAGGAGCUGAAGCGUUUGCAGCCUGCCUUUAGAAGGAUACACCGAAAGCCCAUCCCUAUUAACCCCUUCUCAGAUAGUCUUGUGUGUAAGGGAUUUGUGAUUGGCUGCCAACCCUCCCACCCGCUCCCCGCCUGCGAUUUCUUUCUGCGAUGAAAGGAGGAUGUUGUCACCUUUAACUUUUCUUAUCCAGGGGGAAAAGAUGCUGGUUUAGGGUCACCGGAAUCAGCUCUUUUGAAUGUGAGAUUCAAAAGGAAACUUCACUUAGAAACCUCUCCUUGUGUGACACUGAAGAGCCUUAAAGUGCUUGUGAAUUGGAGCCAUUUGUGAAAUCCAGAUCGUGAGUUUGGUUGGAGGCAGCAGAGGCCUGCCCGACGAGGAGGCCCCCGUUCGUUGGGUUGUUUUUUCUUUUCCUUUCUUUUCCGUUCUCCUCCCUUCUUCUUGUCAAAAUAAAAUCCCCUCUCCCUCCCCCCCUCCCAACGAAAGACAGUGUCUAAGGGUUCUAAGAGGUGGGGAGAGAUCUUUGUUUGGUAUUCUUGGAGGAAGGCUAGGGGGAGAAUACAGGCCAUUACUGAAUCUCCUCCACUGCUGAAGUAUCUUCUCUGGUGACCCCUGGAUGGAGUGGAGAAGAAAGCAAACAAAGUAAAAGUGCAGCCCCUUGAGGUCGCUAAGUCAAGUGGCAAAUUUGAUAGGGGGACAUUUUGAUUCAUUAGCUUCUCUAAAAGGCGAGAAAACGUUGGCCUCCCCUUUGGAUGGCAGCCACCUCCUCUGCUCGUGGCAUUGCCGACACGGAGCGCGUAGAUCCUUGGCCUCAGCAGGAGUUCGGCAAGCAGGGAGGACCAACAGGAUCAAACUUCCUCCUCUCACCCUCCGACUGGAGGUUCCCCGUUCUCACCUCGUCUCCCCGACAGUGAUUUAUGAGUCUUUGUUAUCAAGUGCCUUGAAAAAAGAAAACAAGUAUUUUUCUUCUAGCUCGAUAUCAGCAGUGUUCCAUACUCUCCCGCCUCCACCGCUCCUCCUCUUCCAGAUCCUCCAUUGAGUCUUGAUCGUUGGACUCGGCCCUGUCGAAACAGGAAUCGACGUUCAGUCUGAACCCUAGUUGUCUCUCUCCUGGCCACCGGGGAGGGGUGUCGGGAUCGGGACUACAAAGUGGGAAGGAAAAGAUCGUCCCUAUUGAAAGCCAAAAGCAAAGCCCGUCGACUUGCGUGUGGAUCGCCAGUGGGCCGAUGUAGCUCGUCACAAACCAAACCUGACGCCGUAUCCAGUCUAUCGCAUCUCCUGUGAAUAGUAAGACUCAUCAGACCAUUUUUGCUGCUACUGUCAUCUACACUUUCAUUGUCUCAUAUCUGGAUGAAAGGGGAAGGGUGAAAGUGAACUGACCAUUCCUAGAAGUGUUAAUUUAUGGAAGUGCUAGUGAAAAUGGUAAUGUGACAGUGUGUUGUCCGCAUACAGAGAGUGAGAGUUCCUAUAUACAGUGCAUAUAUUUAUAUAUGUGUGUAUGUGUGUGUGCGUGUGUGGGUGCGUGUGGGUGCGUGCGCAUUUGAGUUCUCUGUAUGUUAUCGUGUUUGUGAAGGUCACGUGGGACUAAAUAGUGUUAUUGUGACUCUGAUCGAAGGCAGGAGAGCACUGCUGAUCUUGGCCCUAUUUUAGCACAGAGUGCUUUCGUAGUGACUGCAAAACCGGGAACUCAUCAAGGCAGAGCUAAAUGCCACUCAUUAGAUAAUGCGGGUGGAAGUCAAACUUCGAUUCUCCUUCCACUCCCCCUUCCCCCUCCCUUCUCCGAUGCUUCCUGGCACCUCUCCCACACUCACUGGAGACACCGUAGAGCCUAGGUAAUCACAGGUGAGUCCUGAAGCUUGUGGCAUUAUGCCCUCCUUGCGGGUGGGGGCCCAUAGGAUUUUCCUGGAGCCUUUUCCAAGUUGAGUUUACAAACGGGUUUCCCUCCAACUGCCCACCCUUCUUCCCCAGGCUCUGGUUAAUGGGGCAUUAGGUAACUCUUGAAGCUCUAGGAACAUUCCGACUUGCAGAUCACCUCCAGCUUGGACCCAGUAGAACACGCCCUCCUUUAGAAUCCCACAUUCCUAUUCCAUGUCAGCUAGGACCGGGCCCUAACUGUGCUUGUGAUGCCGAGCCAAAGCAGGCCGAGCAUACUGAGCAAAAGCAGGCCGAGCGGGCUUGCAUGGCUGAAUCCUCCCCACCGCUGGGUGCUUUGCUGUUCUAUUCCGUAAAGAAAGGAAAAAAAACAAAAAAAAAAUAGGAAACAGGCAAAGAAAGACGAAAAUCCCAGAACAUUGGUGCAUUCAAUUCAUCUUUCUCUUUAUCUGUAGUUACACUUGCUGAUCCGUGCUGGUGAGCAUUUCCCUUUGUGAAACCCAACCACAGUAUUGAUACGAUUUUAUGCCUUUUAUCGAAUGACACAUUACCUCCACGCGCUCUCAGACUGAUUGUCGGAAGUGUCCUGCUGUUGCUUUCUCUCUUUCGCGGGGAGGGGGUGGGAGGGCAAGGGAUGGGUGAGCAAAGGAAAAGAAACAGUUAAGAAACUGUAAUAUGGAAGCUUAACUUUCCCGAGGUUUGCUGUUCAAGGUAUUCGAUCUUUCACUGGCUGAGCCAGAUCAUGCGGGCUUGAGAGCUUUUACUGUGAUUUCCCCAAUGUAAAGACAAACAAGACUGUGUUUAUAUGAUUUGUAUAAAACAUUUUUAAAUUACUAUUUAAUAAACAUUAUACCAGAAGUUU